CAAGUGUGAAUGUUAGAGCCCAGGAAGCAGAGCAGCCAUGUUUUAUCAUAGUGAGUGAGCACAUGUUUACCUCGUGGUUCCUGUCCCGAGGAUAGUGAAGUUUUUAUGGAAUCAAGACUUCUAAACCGGGACAAACCAACGAAUACCUCAUCCUGCUGGAAUAAGAACCGUGUCGGUGUAGCAGGACAUCAAAAUGAGAUGAUGAAUGGAGGAAAUAAGGAGCAUCAAUCACCCACAAUUUCUCUUGAACAUGAGAUCUUGUUGCACCCCAGAUACUUUGGUCCGCAGUUGAUGGACACUGUGAGACAGAUGCUCUUCACAGAGGUGGAAGGCACCUGUACUGGCAACAUAGUUUGUGAGCCAGUUCUAGAUACAGGAAGUGCUAAGCUAUCAUCAAUCAUGAUACAAGAUCUACUAGUAGUGUCAAUAAUGGGGGAAGCACUGAGUGCUGAUACAGUCCAGUUCCUGGACCAAAGGCAGGAAUGGCAUGUUACCACAUCUUGUCAGUAUUAUAUACCAUGUUUUCACUGUAUAUCUUAUCUGCAGGAAGUUGUCAUCCAGCAAGAUGAUGAGAUAAGAGUGAAGAUUGUUGGCACCAGAGUGGAUGCUACAGAUAUUUUUGCAAUUGGUACUCUCAUGGAUGAUUAUCUAGGUCUUACAAGUUAAAUGGAGAAUCCUGUAUAUUGGGAACCAUACAUCUUUCUCAUAAUGGAUUUAUUUUUAUACAAUAUUGAAGUUUUCUUUAGUCUUAUUAACUGUAAAAGGAAAUGUAUUAAAACUCACUGGAAAUACUUUAUUAAAGAAGGCCAGGAGAGAAAAUAAAGUAUUUCCAGUAAUUAUUUUAAUAUACAGUGGACCCCCGCUUAACGAUCACCUCCUAAUGUGACCAAUUAUGUAAGUGUAUUUAUAUAAGU